CCCAUGACCAUGGAGACAGACUUACCUCACAAGGAGCGCACGCCUUCCCCGAUCUCUGAUGAUGAAAAACAGGUCCACGUCGUCGAGCACCUCGACUACAAGGCGCGCUUCCCUGAUCUCGACGAGCGAAAGCUCAUCCGGAAGAUUGACCUGCGCGUCGUACCCGUCCUUUGCAUUCUCUACCUCCUCGCCUUCCUGGACCGCGUGAACAUCUCCAAUGCUGCUCUGUUCAAUCUCAAAACCGACCUCAAGCUCACCGGCAAUGAAUACAACACGGCACUUGUUAUCUUGCGAGUAUUCAUUAUCAGGGGCUUCGUGCCAUACGCCGUCUUCGAGAUCCCAUCGAAUACCCUAAUGAAGCGCUUCAAGCCACAUGUUUGGCUAUCUGGCUGCAUGUUCUUCUUCGGCCUCACGACAUGCCUUCAAGGUUUGGCGCAAAACUACGGUGGCCUUCUUGCAGCGCGAUUCUUCCUAGGGCUUUUUGAGUGCGGCAUGUUUCCGGGAUGCUUCUAUCUGCUCGCCAUGUGGUACAAGCGGUCCGAGUCCCAGAAGCGAUUUUCCUUCUUCUUCUGCUCGACAACCCUGGCAGGCGCUUUUGGUGGCCUUCUCGCUGCCGCGAUCGGGAAGAUGGACGGCAUACGCGGACAUUCAGGCUGGAGAUGGAUUUUCAUUCUCGAGGGUCUCUUGACAAGUGUUGUCGGAAUCCUAUUCUUCUUCCUUAUUUCAGACUUCCCAGAGGAGGCGAAGUGGCUCUCAGCAGAGGAAAAAGACUUUGUCAAGGCGAGGCUACAAGAGGAUGUUGGUCAAUCUCACCUAUACAAGCCCAUCACCGCCAGGGGAGUCUUCAGGGUCCUAUCUGAAUGGAAGAUUAUCUUUGGUGGCUUCAUGUACUUCGGGCUCAUUGUACCGGCAUAUGGAUAUACGUACUUUGCCCCUGCCAUUAUCCAAUCCCUGGGACACUCGAAUAUCCAGACACAGCUUUUGUCCGUUCCGCCAUGGGCUUGCGCCUUCGUCUUAGCUAUGGUCCUAGCGACAGUCUCAGACCGUAUUGGGCACAGAUACCUCUUUACGAUGAUCCCAGCUGCCAUCUCGCUGGCAGGCUUCGCCAUCUUGCUCCGUGUCCACGAUAACCGUAAUCUGCAAUACGGCGCCCUGUUCCUUGCCGCUGCAGGGGCAUUCUCGAGCAUGCCUGUCAUCGUAUGCUGGUUUUCCACAAAUCUUGCUGGACACCGGAGAAGAUCCAUCGGUACGGCUUGGCAGAUCGGCUUCGGCAACACCGGUGGCAUCAUCGCGGCCUACUCCUUCCUUGCACAAGAUGCGCCAAAGUACAUCAAAGGCUAUAGUAUAUGCAUUUCCUUCAUCUGCCUGUCGAUGGUGUCUUGCAUCGCGUACUUCCUCCACGUGGAGUGGCUUAACCGGAAGCGCGAUCGCGAAGGAGACAACGGCGCAAAUCUAUCGUGGGAAGAGAAGCAGGAAUUGGGGGACCUCAAUCCCGACUACAGGUACUUGCUGUGAAGGGGAGUUGUUGGAUUGUGUCAUCGUCUUUACCCUAUGUACUUUCCUCUACUUAUCUCUCAGGUUUGUGGAACCUGGGUAAUCUUGCGCAGUUUGAUGUUGCCAUGAUUGAAGUGACAGUCAUGGAUGUCGGCGAACGUGCGCGCGAAAUUACUAGUAGAUCUCUUUGAUAUUCAAGCUUCGCUUACUCAGUCAAGCUUCCAUAUAAAAUCCUGCG